AUGGGGAAAUGUCUGUCUAUGUGUUCGGCACAAGAAAAUAUAAACACAGGCAAAUCGACCAGUCAUUCUGUCGCUGGCCCUCAAACCAAUGUGUACGAAUCCACACAGAAAAAAACAGUUCAGACAGAUAGAAUCAACGUUGUCGAAAUACCUCGCUCAUAUAUGGUGAAGUCUGAGUUCGAUGACUCGAAAAUUGAAGCAAUGUUUCAAAAAUACACAGACGAAAGUGAAGACGCUAUUCUUGUGAAUGGAAUGGAAUGGUUUUGCCAAGAUCUUGGUGUGAAUCCUGCCGAAUUCGUGGUACUCGUGUUGGCUUGGAAAUUUAACGCUUCUAAAAUGUGCCGUUUCACGAAACAAGAGUUCGUCGAGGGUUGUAAAUUAUUAAAAGUCGAUAAUGUGAAUGCAAUUAAACACAAAAUGGCCGACAUAGAAAAGGAAGUCAGAAAGAAUACUGAAGAUUUUCGCGAGCUUUAUAAAUUUACGUUUGGAUUUGGGUUAGAUGUCGACGAAGGACAGCGAAGUCUACCUGUAAAUAUGGCUAUACCUUUAUGGAAGUUAGUUUUUGGUGACAAUGGCCCAGUAUAUAUGGACAGAUGGUAUGAGUAUAUUGAAGAAAGGGGGGUUAAAGUCAUCCCAAGGGAUACAUGGAACAUGUUUCUACAUAUGGCCGAAUCAAUAAAACCUGACUUUAGUAAUUACGAUGAAUGCGAAGCAUGGCCUAGCUUAUUUGACGAUUUUGUCGAAGCUCAGAGACAUAAGACAUCGAACGGAACUGCCGAGUCAAUGGCGGAAUAA